CGAUAGAAGUGGUCAUAUUCUCUGAAGCUGGAUUUAUUCUUUUCUGAAAAUCGAAUCUCCAUUCUAUCUGGGCAUGCCAGGCCAACUGGCCAACGAGUCCAUUGCCGAGUACAAACAGCGGUUCCAGACUCAGCUCGCACUGAUCGAGGCUGAGGAACAGCGCCAGGUGGCAGCCGAGGCUGUCCGCCUACAGGCUGAAGCGGCGGCAACAGCUGAGAAGCAGCGGCUUCAGGCCGAAGCAGACACAGAUACCCAGGCACGCCGCAAGGAAGCCCAGGAUCUGCUACAGCGGCAUGAAGCCACCAGCAUCGAAAAGCUCAAGUUUUGGCACUUUGAACCAUCCGAGGAGCACGACGACGCGACACUGGAGGAGCAGCACAAGGAAUUCAUGGACAAACUCGUGACUAGGUUGGUUUACACUUGUAGCCACCUGCAGUCCGAGUUGGCGAACCUCCAGCAGGCCGUACGGAAUCACAAGGCUCAGCACGAGGAUGCAGCACGGGCACUUGAUUCCCGUGUACAGGACUUGGAGCAAACUGCACCAAGACCGGAGGCUGGCGAGUCCAGCAGUGCACCCUCUGCCCGCCAACUGGAGGAACGAGUUGACCACGUAGUCGCAAUGCUCGGCGACAUCAGUACCUUCGCUGCACCAGCCACCAUCAGCAACCAGUUGGACACCUUGGAGACCGAGGUUCAGCAACUGCAGCUGCCUAACAAAGAUGGCAACACCACGCAGCAUUACAAGAUGCCAACAUUCCAAAUCGAGAAGUUCGAUGAUUAUACGCAUCAAGACCCGGUCCUCUGGUGGGAGGGCUUUACAAUGCAACUUCGGAUUCUGUUCGUCGCCAAGCACCCGUACAUCGGCGCGCUGUUCCUCAACUCAAAGGGCGGAUGCCAGAUCUGGUUGAGCCACCUGGCAACCGUCCACGGCGUCGACGUCGCAGAUCUGAAAGAUAAGAUCUCUUGGGAAGAGUUAACACGGCUAUGGAAGAAGCGGUUCAUCGUGGACGAUGCCCUGGCGCUCGCCAUCAACCACCUCUUCGCUAUGACGCAAGGCAACACAUCGACACGUUGUCGGACAGCGGCGAGACGGCGUGACGGUCCAGCCCCAUGGAGAUCGAAUCAUGGCUUUUGGGCUGAACCGCCGCGUCUGCGAGGGCCAGAUUAGUAGGGCCCGGUCCAAACGGUACUAAAAACGGACCAAGGGUUAGUGAGAAAAAUAGAAUUGACCACUUGGGACCGGACUCACCGUGUCGGGGAGAGUACGGCCCGAAAUGGUCAAGGGGGAAUACGAGAUUGGGCCCCUUAUUAGCGAUAAGGGGGGUGUUUUGCUUUCGAGGGCAAGGCCGACCCUUAGUAUUCCAAAGUCGGGCCACUUGUAGCCCGACACUAAUUUUAGUGCCAGUCUGUGUUAUUUUUAGCGUAGGGCACGCUAUUUUUAGCGCAGGCCUGAGUUAUUUUUAGCGCAGGCUAAAUAUAGCACAGGCCCGCGCUAUUUCUAUCCCAAGCCCCGUGCUAAUUUUAGCGCAGCCCCACGCU